AUGCACAAACACACUAACCGCAAAGUCUCUCCGCCAGGUCCAUCCUUCAUGUCCAAUGAUCAAGUUGCAACGUACUUGAAGGACUUAAGGGCCAAUCGCCCCGCGCGCCCGACAGGCUCCCGACCCUAUCCAGGGAGAGCCGCCGCGUCAACAACCAAUGUCCCCGCCAAUCUUCCCCCAAGGGCAUCCUCGGCCUUCUCCAUGCACCGUCCGGUCGAGGAUGAAAUCGAGGACCAUCCCCGCUCGGAGAGUGCCAUGUCUCAUCGCCGAGCUACCUCACAGGUGUCGGGUACCGCCAUGGGUCGUCCGUUAGCCCAGGAGCCACGGACACAUUCAGUCCGAAAGAACGUCUUCCCCGCACAGGUCCACGCACGCACAAUUCCAAUCCCACCAUCUCCAGCUCCCUCUUACCAAGAGGACGGUCAACGCAGACAUGAAAAAGAAGAAGCCCGGUCACUACGUGACGCCUUGCAGAAAAUGGAUCUGCAAGAUGACGUGGGUCUUCACCAGGCUGCCCAGGACGAGGCCACGGAACUGGUAUGGAUGCACCAGAACCCCGGAAAGCAAUUUAAGAACCCAUACGCGCCAUAUCAGAACCCGGACGUGAACAGGCGGAGCGAGAGUCCGGCCCGAAGUGGUUCGCGGGGUAAUGAGUCCUCUCAUAGAUUCAGCCAGUCGGUGGGGUCAAUUGGAUCGUCCAACAGUCAAUCAAGCCCAGAGUCAUUGCGCAAGCGAUCCUCCUUGGCUGGAUCGACGAAGAAGAAUCUGAAAGUGAACUUCAAGCUACCUGACGAGGAGCCGCCCGUUGAACCAAUUGCCCCAAAGCAACGUACGGUCAGCAACGAUUCCUCCAAAGGAGUGUUCCGAAACCCCAAUGAUCAUAUUUACGAGGAGCCCGUCGAUGCGAAGAAGGAGCAAGAGGUGCCGGAUUUCACCAGGUCCGACUCCUCGGCGUUGAGAAACAAGCCACGCAACGCUUUCGGUCGUAAUCCUAAGCCACUUCCGUGGCUGCGAGAUAGGGGGACCAACAGUGUUCCCGUUUCGGACAGAAUCUCAAAAUUCGAAAUCCAUAAGAACCCGCCCACUCAGUCGCGCAACGCGGGGUACACGCGAAAUGAGAGUACCCCUACCCCUCCGCCGGAAGAACCCAAAGAGCAGCCUGUUCCCAUGAGGGACGGAAGAGAGAUCCGCAAUGAUGAUAUUCGGGCUGCCACCAGUAAGAGACGAGGGGACCGCAGUGAAAAGCUCCCCAUGCCUUCAGCUGUCAGCGAUCGAAUGGGGCGUCCAAUCGUGAGCUUCGAUCAAACCUGGAAACCGGCUGAACAGCCGAAACCGGAACGUCCAACGAUGCCCAUUAUCGAAAUUGCUGCGCCCUCCAUUGAAGUCUCGGCUCCCUCAAUCGAGGUAUCCGAGCCUCCUCCCAUCCCCGUCAUCAACGUCCCCGACAUCAAAGUGCCUACAAUUUCCGAAAUUGACGCGCCCUCCGAACACAAGCAAAAGUCGCCUAGGCCAAUGCCACAGCCCCCCAGAACAAGUCCAACAAAACAAGGAUUCCCGAGACAGCCAGCAUCCGAGUCGCAGAACCGUUGGUACACGCCCUAUUCCAGAUCCGGUGCCCCAACCGCAAGUUGCGAACUGUGCUCCCUUUCAAUCUCAGGCAAGAUUGUCACGGCUGGUGGAUGUCGCUUCCAUCCUGAAUGUUUUACCUGUCACCACUGUAACACAGCGCUCGAGUGUGUGGCUUUCUACCAAGAGCCCGAGUCUAGUCGGGACGAGAGACUGGCAACCGAAGCCAACGACCACGAAGCUCGCGUGCCUCGGUUCUUCUGCCAUCUAGAUUUCCAUGAAAUGUUCAGCCCCCGCUGCAAGAGCUGCAAGACCCCCAUUGAAGGAGAAGUGGUGGUGGCAUGCGGUGCCGAAUGGCAUGUCGGCCACUUCUUCUGCGCCGAGUGCGGCGAUCCUUUCGACUCGCAAACGCCUUUCGUCGAGAAAGAUGGCUUUGCUUGGUGUCUCAAAUGUCACUCGCGACGCACAGCGCCCCGCUGCCUAGGCUGUAAACAGCACGUCCUCGAAGAGGUCGUCAUCACGGCUAUCGGCGGUCAGUGGCACGAGCGCUGCUUUAACUGUCACGAGUGUGGUGAUGGAUUCGGCCCCGAGGGCCGUUUCUUCGUCCGCGAAGGUGAACCCAAGCGGACAGCCAAGGGCCGCAUCAUUGGUGGGCCUGUGCAGCUGGCUAUCUGUGAGCGCUGUGAGGGUAUUCGUCUCAAGGCGCCGGGGAUGUGCUAA